GAAAAAAACUUGCGGCAGGAACUUCCUACCCAGGGAGAAGGAGCAGGAGAGAAGGAGGCAGGGAGAGACUUGCACUGUCUCAGUAACUUUCAAAACACCCCUUUCAGGAGAUGAGGAUGGCAUGCCGCUAUAAAUUCAUUGUUCCACCUCCUCGCAUCUUCACAGCGCUCGCGCUGCUCUCCGCGCUCGCAGCGGCCGACUGGGGAUGACGGCGGGCAGGACGACACUGCAUCCGAAGGGACACGGACGCGCCGCUUCGCUGGCUGCCCGCAGGCCGCGCCUGGCAUUUUUUGUUUCAAUUUUUAUGGCUUUUCUCCCUCUCUUUCUUCCUUUCCUCCUGGUUCUAGUAGAGUCAAGGACACCCACAGAAUAAGAAAAGGACUGGGCUCCGGAGCUUGGAACCCCCGCUGCCGGCGGGUCCAGAGCAGCGAGGGGGCGGGAGGCCGCGCGCACCAGUUGCCAGCCUGGUGCGCGACACCAUCCUUACUUUUUGUCGUGCACCGUUAGUGGCUGCAUUGGGGGCUGGAUUUGGGUUAUUCCCCCCACCCCCUUUCCUUGUAUUUGCGGAACCUCCACAACCCGGCGUCCCCCCCCCCUUUUUUUUUUCCUUUUUUUUACCCCCCUUUUUUUUUCCGGAGCACGCAUCCAAACAUUUUCCAAAGCAACAAAGAAAAGUUCGCACGCUGGCACCGAGGCGGGGACCGGCUGGCGCUGCCGCCGGGACCUCCUCCCUCCGACACUUGACUCAGCCUUGCAAGCAAGUGUGUGUUGAGCCCCCCACCUCCCGCCCCGGUCACUUCCACACCGAGUAACAGAUACCCAUCAAGUCCCCGUCGCGCGGCCCCUCCCCGCGGGCGGCGCACUAUGCUGCUCGGGUGGGCGUCCCUGCUGCUGUGCGCGCUCCGCCUGCCCCCGGUCGCGGCCGGCCCCGCCGCGGCACCUGCCCAGGAUACAGCCGGGCAGCCUCGGGCUGCCGCAGCGGCCGCCCAGCCCCGCGGGCGGCAGGGGGAGGAGGCGCAGGAGCGGGCCGAGCCUCUGGGCCACCCGCACCCCCUGGCGCCGCAGCGCAGGAGCGGCGGGCUGGUGCACAACAUCGACCAGAUCUACGCCGGCGGCGGCAAGGUGGGCUACCUCGUCUACGCGGGCGGCCGGAGGUUCCUCCUGGACCUGGAGCGCGAUGGCUCGCUGGGCGCCGCUGGCUUUGCGCCCGCGGGAAGCGGUCCGGGUGCCAGCCGGCGCCACCGGGACCACUGCUUCCACCGCGGCACCGUGGACGGCAGCCCCCGCUCCCUGGCUGUCUUUGACCUCUGCGGCGGGCUCGACGGCUUCUUCGCGGUGAAGCACGCGCGCUACACCCUGAAGCCGCUGCUGCGCGGGCCCCGGGCCGAGGCAGAGGCCGGGCGAGUGUACGGAGAUGGGUCCUCGCGGGUCCUGCACGUCUACACCCGCGAGGGCUUCAGCUUUGAGGCCGUGCCGCCGCGCGCUAGCUGCGAGACUCCCGCGUCGCCGCCAGGGCCUCGCGAGCGCCCCCCGGCGCACGGCGCCCCAGGCCCACGCUGGGAGCUGGCCCCGCAGUUCCCGGACCAGACGGUUCCCUCCUCCGAGGGGACCCAGGGACCCCAGACGUGGUGGCGGCGGCGGCGCCGCUCCAUCUCCCGGGCCCGCCAGGUGGAGCUUCUCCUGGUGGCUGACGCGUCCAUGGCGCGGAUGUACGGCCGGGGCCUGCAGCACUACCUGCUGACCCUGGCCUCCAUCGCCAACCGGCUGUACAGCCACGCCAGCAUCGAGAACCACAUCCGCCUGGCCGUGGUGAAGGUGGUGGUGCUGGGUGACAAGGACAAGAGCCUGGAGGUGAGCAAGAACGCGGCCACCACGCUCAAGAACUUUUGCAAGUGGCAGCAUCAGCACAACCAGCUGGAGGAUGACCACGAGGAGCAUCACGACGCGGCCAUUCUGUUCACGCGGGAGGAUUUAUGUGGGCAUCAUUCAUGUGACACCCUGGGAAUGGCAGACGUUGGGACCAUAUGUUCCCCGGAGCGCAGCUGUGCUGUGAUUGAAGAUGAUGGCCUCCAUGCGGCUUUCACCGUGGCUCACGAAAUUGGACAUCUACUUGGCCUCUCCCAUGAUGAUUCCAAAUUCUGUGAAGAGAACUUUGGUUCCACAGAAGAUAAGCGCUUAAUGUCUUCCAUCCUAACCAGCAUCGACGCGUCCAAACCCUGGUCCAAGUGCACUUCAGCCACCAUCACAGAAUUCCUGGAUGAUGGCCAUGGUAACUGUUUGCUAGAUGUACCACGCCAGCAGAUAUCGGGCCCUGAGGAGCUCCCUGGACAGACGUAUGAUGCCACCCAGCAGUGCAACCUUACGUUUGGGCCUGAGUACUCGGUGUGCCCUGGCAUGGACGUGUGCACUCGCCUGUGGUGUGCCGUGGUCCGCCAGGGCCAGAUGGUGUGUCUGACCAAGAAGCUGCCAGCCGUGGAAGGGACGCCAUGUGGGAAAGGGAGGAUUUGCCUGCAGGGCAAGUGUGUGGACAAGACCAAGAAAAAAUAUUAUUCAACAUCCAGCCAUGGCAACUGGGGAUCCUGGGGGCCCUGGGGCCAGUGUUCUCGCUCGUGUGGGGGAGGAGUGCAGUUUGCCUAUCGCCAUUGCAAUAACCCCGCACCCAGAAACAGUGGUCGCUACUGCACGGGGAAGAGGGCCAUCUACCGUUCCUGCAGCGUCACACCCUGCCCACCCAACGGGAAAUCUUUCCGUCAUGAACAGUGUGAGGCCAAAAAUGGAUAUCAGUCUGAUGCGAAAGGAGUCAAGACAUUUGUGGAAUGGGUCCCCAAAUACGCAGGUGUCCUGCUGGGGGAUGUGUGCAAACUGACCUGCAGAGCUAAGGGGACUGGCUACUACGUGGUGUUUUCUCCAAAGGUGACGGAUGGGACCGAAUGCAGGCCGUAUAGUAACUCCGUGUGCGUCCGGGGGAAGUGUGUCCGGACUGGCUGUGACGGCAUCAUCGGCUCCAGGCUGCAGUAUGACAAGUGCGCAGUGUGCGGGGGAGACAACUCCAGUUGCACCAAGGUGGUCGGGACCUUCAAUAAAAAAAGUAAGGGUUACACUGAUGUGGUGAGGAUCCCCGAAGGGGCAACCCACAUAAAAGUCCGACAGUUCAAAGCCAAAGACCAGACUCGAUUCACUUCCUACUUAGCCCUGAAGAAGAAAAAUGGUGAGUACCUUAUCAAUGGGAAGUACAUGAUCUCCACCUCGGAAACCAUCAUCGACAUCAAUGGAACAGUCAUGAACUACAGUGGUUGGAGCCACAGGGAUGACUUCUUGCAUGGGAUGGGCUACUCAGCCACGAAGGAAAUUCUAAUAGUGCAGAUUCUUGCAACAGACCCAACUAAAGCAUUAGAUGUCCGCUACAGUUUUUUCGUUCCCAAGAAGUCCACCCAAAAAGUAAACUCUGUCAGUAGCCACGGCAGCAAUAAAGUGGGCUCACACACUCCACAGUUGCAGUGGGUGACAGGCCCAUGGCUCGCCUGUUCCAGGACCUGUGAUACGGGCUGGCACACCCGGACGGUCCAGUGCCAGGAUGCAAACCGGAAGUUAGCGAAGGGAUGCCUUCUCUCCCAGAGGCCUUCUGCGUUUAAGCAAUGUUUGCUAAAGAAAUGUUAGCCUGUGGUCAUGAGCUUACGCAGAGCUAACUGGAUGAUUCAUCACUGAUCGGUCGUGGCAAAUGGUGGUGAUCAAUCGUGGUAAACAAGAGGUCUACCUGAAGCACAGAAAGUCACGCUUCAAUGUCAUUGUCAACAGGAGUCUAAUUAUGGGCAGAAUCUGCCCUCUGUGACCAAAUGGAGAUGUGCACUGCUUCGUGCGACAGUAGUGACCUUGGAAUACAGAAAAACUUGGGAGUUAUUGAACAUCCCCUGGGCUACAAGAAUGAAAAAAACACUGGUGAAUGUAGAAUCAGGGGACAUUUGAAGAUGGCAGAACAGUCUCCCCUUUGUCACCUACCUCUUAUAGAAUGUCUUCAAAGGCAUCAUAAUCAUUUUCAUCCGUAAUACACAGUAGCUUAUUUUUACUGUUUGUAAAUCAUUCUCCCUUGGUAUGUCACUUUAUAUCACUUGGUUCUAUUAAAAAAAAUAUAUAUAUAUAUAUAUUUCUAUAAAAAAUGUUUGACCAAAGUAGGUCUGCAGCUAUUUCAACUCCUUCCAGUUUCCAGAAAGAGCUGUGGAUGAUUUACUGGAAAUUAAGAACCUGCUGCUGUUUUCACAAGAUUUCACAUACUUUCAGACUACAGGAGAUCAGAUUUUAGUCAAAAACCGUUUUGACAGGAAGCAUCUUCUGCGAAAUUCUAAAAAGGAAAAGGAUCUCCGCGUAGCUGGUCAUUUAAAUAGAUACACCGAUCCAUUUACUUAAACGUCAACUGCCUGUAUUUUUUCAGGCAGCCAGCCAAAUGAAUGCAUAAUUAGGAUGUAGAUGUAGUGUUUGCGUGUGUGUAUGUUAGGCGUAUUCAAGAGUCUAAACACUAGUUUCCUCAUGUUAGAAUUUAAAAGGCAGAAAAACACACAAAUAUAAAUUUUCCAUUUAUAUCUUCACACUGCUUGCCCUUUCAGAGGCUUCCAGCUAAUAUCCUACCUUGUGUAAUAUUCGUACAAAACACACGGCAGAGAGUUUUCUAAUCGCAUCCGACACGUUCAACACUGGUAUACCUCUUACCAGCCAGCCUUGAAAAUGCAUUUGUUUUCGCUUGUAUGUUUUGUUCAAGGGUUCUGUUAAGACCCGCAAUGUUUUGUACUUGUUGAUUUAGUUUGAUAGGAGUAUUAAAGAUCACUUUGGAGUUAGCCACAUCUAGAAGUGAUUAUCAUAUAUGUGGCUCUUGCAAAAGGAAAAAAAAAUAGUGGUUAAUAUUAAUAAGACUGUUUCCACACCAUACAGGCAGUGAUUCUUUGCAUUGUCUUUUUAAAUCCAAGUAUACUGAUACUGUCCGUAAGAUUUUUCCCAGUUGGAGAGCACUUGGUUGUACCAGUAAGUGUUUGAUGAAACGGGAUGAUUUUUGAGAAGUUUGUUGCUUCUGUUUCCAUAGCCUGUCUAGGUAGGUUGUACGUUUGGGUGUUAGAUAUGGAAUUUUUUUUACAAUUGACUGCCUAAAAAUCUCUUUUUAAACGGUCAACUGCACCCCUCUACCCCAUAGCUCAGAAAAUCCAAGGUGUUCAAAUUCAUCGGGAUUUCUUUUUCUUUAUGAAAGAUUACAAAGCCAAUUGUUUUAUAUGAAACUUUAUAAUAAUCAUACCAAAUGUGCCUAUUAUUAGAGAUUUGCAUAUAGAGAUAUUAGGGGACAAUUGUUUGAGUUCCCUUAAAGCUCACCAGAGUUUAUUUUUAUUAGAAAAUAUUUUUAAUAUAAAAUAAUUAUGUAAUUGAUCUUGCUAGAUCACAUUGAUUUCAGUGGGUGAGGAGAAUGGAGGUCUCACUGUUUUAAGUAUUUUCUUAAGAAAUUAUUUGGUGAAACAAAAUAACGUUUUACAAAACUGUUAAUCAUCCUUUGGCUUUUCAUCGACUGACUUUGCUUUAGACAUGGUCAUUUACUCUUAAUAAAUUAUUCAUUAGAGAAAUGAGUCCUAUAUAGAGCUGGUCACCUACAUUUGAUGGAGGUCACCAGAUAUCAGGGACAGGAAACAAUGCUAUUCAAAUCACUCAGAAAAGAAUUUUAAAUCAUACCGACUAUUUGACUAUUCCAAAAGAAUUAAUAGCCAGGCCAACCUGACUUUUUCCCAGUUUUCAAAAUAAUUUUAAUCAAGUAACUCAACUGGGACAAAAUUUGUUUUUAUCUUUUGUUAUAUUCAUAGCAGCAUGAAAAAAAAAAUAAUUGAAGGGCAGCCAUGUUUGUCUCCUACUCUGCUUCUCUAUACUGUAUUCAUAGAUUUUUUUAGUAUGAUUUAUCAUUUAUUUUCCCCCCAAACAGUGAAGUUUUAUACUUCUCAUUGAAACAAUCCUAGAGAACUUAAAAGGAAUAAACCACUAUUCCGUGCUUUUAAGGAGUUUUCUUUAGUUUUUUCAUACGAGUAUCAAUAGUUUGAGGAAUGUAUGUCUAUCUAAACUCCUGAGAAAAGCGAUACAGACUGGAAACUGAAAUUCAGAGAAAUGGAGUGUUCAAUAGAUAAAAGGAAUGAUAAAGGGAAAAUCCCCUAUAAUGAAAUCUAAUUCAGUCCAGUCUAAUGUUGGACUAUGCAUUUCCCCUUUCCAUAGUUGCAUCGUGAAUGAAGAGUCCAGGAUUCACGAUGCUGAGGCUCCUUCCUCGAGGAAAAAAGUUUGUCUGAAAAUGCUCAGGAUAGUAAGAAUCUAAUCCCACAAAACUAAACACUCCGGAUUCAGUGUCACUAAAUAAAGGGAACCCAGAAGAAAAUGACAUCUCUUUCUUCUGGAACAGAAAAGGCCAAAUUAAGCCCUGCCUUGUUGUUUAAAGGUUUCAGGGCAUUGUUUUAAUUUGUUCAGUAAAUUCAACGUCCUUUGCCUUCCUGUGGAAACAGUUUUAUCCCAUGAAACUAAGAAUGAAGGGAUUAAUCACAAACAAAAAUAAAGUUGCAGCACUGAAAAAAAAAUGUAAUUUAUUGUUUUUGCGACUGGUAUGUGAAUUUGUGUGAUAAAAGUAUUUAUUCUUAUUUAACAAAAAUAUGUGCAAAUUCUAUAUUUAAAAAGUUUUGCUGUUGUCCUACUUUUAAUUUAUGCUUCAUGUUUGUGUAUAAAGUACACUUUGUGAGUUUACAUAAUAUACAGCACUGGUUGCUUUUGUAUUUUUUUACAGAAGGCUUUCUGCGUGAAACAGGCAUAUAUGUAUAUAUUCCUCACGUAUCCUUAUUCUGAUACUGUAGUCUUCCUCUCUAAGGAAGUUUUAAACUUACUCUUUCUUGACUAGUGGUAUUCGUUACUUGUAGUUACAUUAAUAAGUCUGUUGGGUUUCAUUAAUACUAGUUUUUCCAAGUCACAGAUAAGAAAAACACUUAUUCAAGCAACUGAAGCCUAAGUUCUCAACUUGGUGUAUAGAUAGCCUGGAAACUUCCCACAGAAGCUAAGACACAGUUCAGAAUCCCUGAUACCAGUGAUAAACGCGGACAGGGAGCUGUUGAUACGUGAAAUUUGUGUGCACACAAUGUCCCAAGAGCUGUCAGUGAUGAUAAAACCAAAUACUGUCCUUUGCUGCUUUAAAAACACUCCUUAAAAAUUAAUACCAUUUAUUCUCUAGCAUUGGCGGGAUCCUAUAGUUAGAGUAAACAAAUUGCAUUUAAGUGAUUUAAAUACUAGUAAUCAUGAACGUUGCCACAAAUAUGGGGUCUCCAUUGAUAGAAUGUCACUUUGUACUACUGCUAAAGAAUCUCACGGAGUGAAAAUAGGACUUGGGACAAGCAAGGACAUCUUUAAUCACAUCAGCUUGCCUCUGACCAUGAUUUCAGUCUGGUCACAGUAAUAAGGCAAAGCACCCUUGGAUAUUCAACUGACCAGAUCCAUCUCUGGCUCUGAUGUUUCCCCCACUGACUCAUUCCUUAAUAACAAGGUCAUUGUGAUGGUUUAGGUGAGCACAGCAGCCAGAUUCAAUGAAGUCCAGGACUUGUGUAUGACUUAGAGGUCACUCUUUGUGAAACAAGAUUGGAUUUAAUAAUGGCCAAAUUUUGCGAAUAGUUUAUGGCUGAGGAUUGGUGAAUAUUACUGAUCUAUUUAUGAUUAAGUGGAGGUGAUAAAAAUACCUUAUAUUUUUUUUAACAUUUCAAAGUUAAUAAAUGAAUAACCAUGAGUAUAGAAAUGGUCGUCCAGAGCUAUCAUAGAGCCAGUCUAUCAUUUAAACACACAGGAAAGGAACUUGUAUGUUUUCUCUAUCAUUUUUCUCAUUUGCCAACACCUAUAGUUUUAGAUUGUGAGACCAUUUUAGGUAAUUAGUACACUGAAAAAAACCCAGAAAACUCCCUAAUAGCCUCCUUGCUAGCAUGAACUAGAGAAAUGACGUCUGAAGUUAUAGGAUCAUGAAACACAUCAGUCUAUAAUGCAUAAUUAUAUUCUAAUCAGUUAGCGCAUGGGAACAUAUUGAAACAAGAACCCAUUACGUUAGUGAGAUAAAGAAACUGGAAAUACACAUGAUGUUCAGAUCAGAAAAGUAUUCAUCUGCCAAAUGUCUUUCUGGUGUAAUGAUACCAUAGUUCUCAAUGCAGAUUUUAUGGGGAAAAUAAUGAAGGUAUAGUUGCUAGAAGUUGUUGGUUUUAAAAGAGAGGAAGACUGAAAUGUACAUAUUAGCCAACCCAGUUAAUUGCACCUUCCAAAUAUAGUAGCACUUUAGCGAUAAAUUGGCUACCUGUGGUUCUUAUCCUGGAGCUCCACCAACCGGUCCAUGUGGACUGUCAUAGGUCAAAUGAAAAACCAAAUGGCCCAUCAUCUUAUAAGGCACGGCCACAUCAGAGUGAUCCAAAGUCUAACACUGUGAGGAAAACUGUGAUUUGUAAAUAAAACAGCUUAUAUUUUUUUUCAGUUUCUUUUUGGCACAUCCAGUGUAAUUUUUAUCAAGGUGCUAAUAUUGAUCAGUGACCAACUGUCAAAUAUGUUACUUCGGACUCACUAUUUUAUUCUACAUGAUUUUUCAAUUUGCAGAAAAAAAAAAAAAGAACUCUUUUAAGUUUUUGGUCUAGGCGGGGCACAAGUUGAUA